CAUACGCAUGCGUACUGAACCAAAACAAACAUGGAUCACUUUUCCAGCUUCACGAUCUUCCUUAUACUUUCACAAUGUUUUGGAAGUAUAUCAAUGUUUUCUGGAAUGUUAGAUAUAGAAGAAAUAAACAACGUCAAUUAUGGAAUCGAUAUUUUAAAAGAGCCAGUGUUGUUAAAGCCGGAGGUAGAAUUGCCGGUGAAUCACAUCCAUUUAACAUCCAAAUAUGGACAGAGAUAUCAAUGUCAUUUUCCAGACCAAGUGGAAACAGAAAGAAAGACUGAAGAAAAGGAAAAAGAAGCUUUAGAAACUGGAAUUCCUGAAUUACUGAAACCAUUAGAAUCUGUACCUUGUUUGCUGAAGGCAAAGGAUUGGUGGAGUUAUGAGUUCUGCUAUGGAAAAUAUAUCCGACAAUUUCAUAUUGAAGAUGGAAAGAUACUUGGAGAUAUUGUAUAUUUAGGUUACUAUGAUUCAGAGAAGGACUGGUCAGAAAGAGAAGAGUCGUAUAACAAGUUAAACAGAUACCACUCUCAGUCAUAUGUCAAUGGGUCAAAAUGUGAUCUUACUGGUGAUAAAAGGAAAACUGAAGUUAGGUUUGUAUGUGACGAGGGCUCAGGGGAUCACAUAGGGAGAAUAGAUGAGCCAGAGACCUGUAGUUAUGUAAUGACUAUCCACACCAACAAGAUUUGUCACCAUCCUUAUCUUAAACCAAUCAAACAAAGCCAGGCUGUGCCCAUUACUUGUAAUCCUUUGUUGAACGAAGAACAGUAUGCUGAAUAUAAUCAGAUGGUUGAGGAAGAAAAAGAAAGGAAAAGGAAAGAGGAAGAAGAGAAGAAAUUGAAACAAGCAGAACAAAAAUUUCAUUAUACAGAAACAGGUGGUGGCCAAGUAGACGAAGAAUCAUUUCAAGUUUUUGAUGAGAAUGGUGAAUUAAAAAAUAUCAAUGAUGUCAACUGGAACACAGAUACCAAAAGUGAUUCACUUACUAAUUCACUGAAAGAUGCUGAAUUAAAAGUGAAAGUGCAGGUUAUAAAUAACUUGGAUGACCUAGAAAAGGUGUUCAAAGAUUUAAAGAAAACUGAAAAUGCAGCUGGUAAAUUGUCAUCAGAUUCUGUGGUGAAUGUUAAUGAAAAGAAAUCAGAAACAGAUGAAGACACAAAUGAAAAAGAUACAGAAAGUACGGAGAAAACUACCCUUACUUUUGAAAAAAGUAAACCAAAAGAUAAGUCAAAAUCCAUGGUGUCAGAUGUUGUUGAAGAGAUGGACCAAACCGAUAUAAGAGGAGAUAUGGAUCUAACAGAUAAAACAGAAGAUAUGGAGGAUCUCCUUGAUGAAGAUGACACUUCCUUAAUUGAAGAAUUUGAUAAAGGAUUAAAGGGCACAAAAUUUACAGAUUUGAAGACCAGACUUGAGAAAAACAAAGCAUCUUUAUCAGAUUUACAAAGUCAAGUUAAAGACGCCAUGGAGCAGGAAUUGGAUGGUAUAAUCGAGGAGGCUGAAGAAGAAGAGGGUGUAAAUUUGGAAGAAAAGAAGAAGUCUUAUAAGCAUUUGACAGAAUCACUAGAAAAUCUUAUAAAAAGACUAGAUAAUACACAAGAAGAAAUAGACAAGGUUGAUAAACAUAUAGAGGAAGCCACUGAUGAUUUGACUGCCUUAAAAGAAGAAACAGAUAUAAAAGACAAAAUUCAAGGACCUGACAGUGAUGAUAGAGUAAAAGUUCGAGUAACACGAGUUAACAAGAAAGAUUUACAGAAAGCUGAUGAUAAAAAACAGACAUCAGAAAUAGAAAAUGUAGAAAUUCAGAUCAAAGAUGAAUUGGAAAAAGCAGGUUUAGAUUUAGCAGGUGGUAAAGUACAAGUAAAAAUAAUAACAGCUGGUUAUUAUGACAAGAAAGGAGAACCAAUCAAAACAUUAUCAGCAGAUGAUUCAGAUGCAUUUAAAAAUAUGAUCGUCUCCAUACUGGGAGGAGAUCAGGAAGCUGCUCAGGAAGCAAAUAAAUAUCAAGAACAGGAAGACAAUUACAGCUUUGUAUGGCAAAAUAAAGACAAGAAAUCAUCAUAAUCUGAUAAUUGAAUUAUUGAUUUAUUGAUGGAUAUUUAUAGUGCUCAUAUCUUUUAAUUAUGUUACACAGUUUAAAGAUUGGUUGUCUGUAUUUGGCAGAAACAUGCUUUAAUUUGUCGUUUAUUGUUAUUUUCAGUAAUAUUUUUUUUAUUAUGGGAAUAUAUUUUGUAAUUUGAAUGAUUUACCUUCAAUUCUCCUGUUUAACUUUUAUUGUAUAUUCAAAUUUAGUUUCCGAAAUGAUGUGGUUUAAUGAUGGAAUCACUUUUUUUUUAAUUUCCAACAGUCAAAGAAGAUAUCUGGACAAUUGCAAAGAAUCAACUUUAAGGAAAUACUUUAAUAGUUCAUAUUUCUAAUAUAAAAUAAUAAAUAAACUUUAAAUAUCAAUGAUAUUAUGCUGUGCAAAUCUGCAGCAUUUAUUUAUUUAAUUAGUGUAGAAAUAUACAUCUAUCUAACGGGUACAUUUGAUGGUGCUGAUAGUCUUGUUUACAUUAGUCUAAAUUUUUUUCAUAAUCACAAACCAGUGAAGUUUUAAAAAAUUUGCUUUAAAGUUAUUAUUUGUUCAGAAUAUGAAGAAUCUAUUGAUUUUAAUAAUGAUAUAGUUAAUAUGCUUGAUAAGUGAGGUAGUAACUUGUUAAAUAUUGAAUCAAAAUAAAUUCAAGAUCAUAUAUAUGUCUUUAGUAUAGGAUUGGUUCUUUGAUUGUUGUAAAAAAAGAAACUGUAAUUUAACUGCUUAAAUUGUAUAUUGUACUGAUGUGUUAUUUGCCUUUUUUUUCCAUUAUCUCAAAAAACUAUACUAGCUAGAUAAAAAAAUGAAAAUUGCAGUAAUGAUCUCACAGCAGAAGCCUGAAAAAUUCAAAAAAAUAUUUAAAACAUAGCCCCUGAAAUGUCAUAUAUCAUAGAAGGUCAUCGUUUUUGGAAUUGCAAAAUGAUCAGCAAAAACCUAUCUAACUUGGAAGCCUUUGAAAAAUCACAUUUCCCAUUUUAGUGAAAUAACCUCUUCUUUAAAUAGAUAGAUAGUAGAUAACCCAUAGUUAAAUAGGACCUACUGUUAUAAGCUCAAUAACUAAUCCACCUUAUAAUAUUCUGUGAUAUUUUUGAAGAUUCAAUAGAUUCAAUAUUUUAUUAUAAAUGAUGGCUAAAGAUAUUUAUGCUUCAAAUACAAAUCUAGUCAUUUUAACUUUUAGAAGUUUGUUACUUGUAGUAGUUGUGUCAUCAGUGUAUUUAGUAAAAUAAUACAUUGUUUAUAAAUGAUUGUGGUAAAUUUAUUUGUAUAAUGUAGAUUAAGAUAGUUCUGUGUACAUUCCUGAUAUCUGUAUAAUAUAUGAUAGCAAUUCAAAUGUUCAAUAAUUGGACAGUUCAAGACAUUACACAUGCCAACACUGAACAUUUAAAUAUUAUUAAGAAUACAUUGCAUUUUAAACAGUGCUGUGCCAUUAGCAAAGCAAAUUUACAGUUGAAAUAAGUUACAAAUUAUGUACACAUAUAUAUGCCAUAAAAAUCAGAUGAACAGAUUUUCUUAAAUGUACACAACUUGUAUCCAUUAAACAAGAAGUGCAAUAUAUGUUUAUAGAUGUUUAUGAAACUUUAUAUGAUUUGUAUUUUUUUAUGGGUAAUGAGUCUAGUUGCAAUUUGUUGUUGUUUUUUGGGAUAAAUUUUGUUAUGUCAUUUUCAGCUUUUAACUAUUUUGUGUUGAUGAACUUCUAAAUCAAUGAUUAUUAUUCAUAAAAAAACUGCUAAGGACUCUGUUUUAAAGGGAGGUACCCUCGUAAUGCUCUUAAAAUAUAAUUAACACUUGGUAAAAAGUACUAGGACACACCCACGAUAUUGCGUGCAUUUAGAGCUUUUGAAGAGUUUUUCUAGUUUCUGUAUACUAUGAACAUACAUAUAUUAUAAAUAAAGUGUAUUUGCUAUUAACUAUCAAUUCCAAGUUUUGUCUCCAUGGGGAUCACUGAUAUAUUAUAUAGAGAGUCUCUAUCAAUACGAUAAUUAUUUUCCUGUCACUGAGUACUCUUAUGUGAGUCUGUCUUCUUGCCAGAGUCUGUUGAGACAUGAUGUCUUGAAUUUUACUAUAAAGAAAUCCAUGGCACCAAAUUUAGAAAAACAAAUUGAGAAAUAAUUUUCAUUUAAUAGAUAUAUGAUAUAUUUUUUACUCGCUUCUUUAUGGGUCUUGUGAGCUUUUCUCAUCGUAUGAUGUCCUUUGUGUGGUUGCCAUAAAAAAAAUCAUCCCUCUGGAACCACUGAAAAGCUAACCUAAAUCUGCAAAUAAUUCGAACAUGAAUAAACUUUUCAGUUUACUUCUAAUUAGAAUUAAUGAACUUGAAACACAUGUUUUGUCAAUUUUUAGCAUUUGUGCUUCUCUUUUUCAAAACUAUGAUAGAUAGAGGCUAACUGUAAACAAUAAAUAUCAAUAGAAAAAUAAAAUCUACAAAUCACUUAAUAAUAAUCUUGAUAUUCGAUUGAAACCUUGUAGGAGUUAUUGCUUUAAAUGACCAUGUGUGAAUUAAAUUGAAGUAAAUGAGGUUCAAGAAGUAAAGUUCAAAUUGAUUAGAUUGAAACACAUAUAUAUUUAACAUUUAAAUGAAAUACGCUCCUAUAUCAGAGGGUUGUAUAUGUUGUUCUUGCCCUAUUGAAUUUGUAUAUUUUUUAAUUAAGGCUGGAAACUCAAUUUAAAGAUUUCUGAAAGAAUAGAAUAUAAUAUGAAAAUUCUAAGACUCACUUGCAUAUGAAAAUAUUGUGUGGCUGCUAUUUGUUAAAAUUAUAUCUCUCUUUAUUGUAAAUGGAUACAUAUUUAGCUCGACAGAAAAAUCUGAAAGAUCUUAAAGGUAGGCAUGGUUCCACACUUAUUUUGUUCAAAAUGCUAAUUUUCACAAAUUUGUGUACCCCAACAUCAAUUCAAAUUUUGAAAAGAAAUUUUUGUACGCAUACAUUCUAGAUUGAUUUUUAAUUUGCAUUUGUGUAAUGUAUUUGUUUUCAAAGCAAUUUGAAGUUCAUAACUUGCUAACCAUGUACGACAAAAAAGUUGUUGCAGUUAUUUGUAUGCUUUCUGUCUGAUUAUUUUUUCUUUAUAGAAAAUAUUGUUGAAUAAAUGUUAUGUUUUUAUA